GAAUGUUAAAAAUUUGACUCCCGAACAAGCAAAAAACAGCAAUACACAACUUUUACGAGAACAACAUGCUAAAUAUUUAACAAGCAAAGCCAAUUCUCUCGAAGUUUUGUCCACUAGUUUUGAGUUUUCUUUUUCUUUAAAUACCAAAAAUAUCAAGCAAGAGGAGAUUUGUAAAGAGUUAGAAAAACUAAGUUUAAAUAACGAAA